GUAACGCCAAUAUAGAUAGAAGUGAAAACAAACAAAGCUCGUAACAGUAUAUUCAAAUCCUGAUAUAAAUUUGGGAAUAUAUGAGACAUCUGCGAUAUUUGUUUUCAGUAUCAUUUUUAUGUAAUUUUUUUUGAAAGCUUACGAUUUUCCAAAUAAUGUCUGAUUCGGAUGAAGUGGUUUCUAGUGACCAUGAAGAGGAAUUUGUUAGUGAAGAGUCUGAAAAUGAAGAUGCUGCUGACAUGCCCAGUGGUGAAGUAUUUAUUGAGGAGUCGGAAAAUGAAAGCUCCGAUGACAGCUUUGUUGUUCACAGAGCAGCAGCCAAAAGGGGAAAAAAUCGCCGCGCAAACAUAUCUUCUGAUUCAGAUCAGGAUGACGAAACUGAAAAACAAACAUUAUCACCACGCACUCGAAUGAGUAUAACAGGUGUAAGGCCCGCAGAUCUCUCCGACUCUAGUGAAAUUGAGUACUCGGAUGCAAGGUCAGAGGUAGAGGAAUCGACAAAAAGUUCCGUCGAAGAUAGUGAUGGUUGUGAGGAGAGGACAGUACAACAUCAGAUCCAAUCGAACUCAGUCGAUAGGUCUAUUAAUAAAAAUAGCUUUUUGGAUCAAUCAGCUUCAGAAGGAACAGUCGAGGAGAGCAUUGUUGCAGAUUCUGAAGAUAGUAUUACGUAUAAUGGAAGUGAAGCUGAUAAAAAUUGCGCAGUUGCCACUGCAAUCAAUGACCGUCGAACACCGAAUAAGCAAAAGGUUGAAAACGUUGUUCAUGGAAUUAUUGAUUCACCGAUAAGUUCAGCUCGUUAUAGUAUGCAAUUUGAAAAGGCCAUAAAGGAAAAGUUGUCGUCUACAAUGUAUCAGCCUAGUCCCAAAGAAAAAUAUCGCUCUCAAGUCGAAUCGUCAGAUGAGAGUGAUGUUCAAGUUAUAAGUUUUAGGGAGAAAACAAUAGAAAUUGGCAGCAGCAGUGAUGAAAGUAACCAAGAGAACAAUAUUCCAAAUUCAAAUACACCUAACUACAAAAAAGGAGAUGUCGUCAGACCUAAAGCAUUUUUGUUACAACCAAAAAUCUCUACAAAAUUGGGAUUGAAAACAGAACGCUCAACCAUUACCGGCAAAGACGCGUUAAAGGAAUCGAUUCUAGUAUCAAAAGAGUUUUUUGAUAAAGAAUUGAGAAAACUAAAUGAAUUAAAAAUCGAGUUGCAAAGCGCAGAAAAAUUACUUGAAAAAAUAUCCAACAGUUUGCCCGAUGGGGGGAGGCAACUCUCUCUUCGUAUUGAUCGUCUACGAAAUGAUAUUCACAUUAAAUCUCAAUAUAUAAAUACUCUUAAAGUGGAAGAUGACUGCGUACCUAUAUCACCUGAGCAACAAGUUCGAAACAAGGUAGAUCCGUUGAGCUGGGAUGAUCUUUCUGCUGCUGUAAACAAAGUGAAUCCAACUCACACGGGAAAACAAGGGCUAGCAACAUUUAAUGCUCAGCGCGAAUUAACAGUUGAACGUCUUAAGGAUAUUCAUAGUUCACUAAAAACGUGCCCUACCGAAGAUGUACUUGCUGAAGACCCAGUGGGUUUACGUGUAACACUUAUGAAUCAUCAGAAACAUGCAUUGGCUUGGAUGAACUGGCGAGAGAAUCAAAAACCACGAGGUGGUAUACUUGCUGAUGAUAUGGGGUUAGGAAAGACACUAACGAUGAUAGCGCUAGUGCUUGCUUCGAAAAAUCGUUCGGAACAAGAAGCUGGCACUAAAUCUGAUGAUGAUGAAAGUGACAAUGAAAAUGAAAAUGAGGGAUGGAUUUCAAAAGGGCGAAGGGAUUAUUAUCCUGGAGGAACUUUGGUAGUUUGUCCUGCGAGUUUAGUUCGUCAAUGGGAGGAAGAAGUCGAUAAUAAAGUAAAACGCCACAAACUAACUGUUUGUGUUCAUCAUGGUAACAAUCGGGAUACAAAACCAAAGCAUCUACGAACAUACGAUAUAGUUGUUACCACGUACAACAUUGUGUCGCGUGAACAAAAGUCUCAAGGUGCCCUUUUUGGCAUUAAGUGGCAACGGAUAAUACUUGACGAAGCACAUGUUGUACGUAACCACAAAGCUCAAAUGUCAAUUUCUGUAUGUGCAUUACGUGGAAAAUACAAAUGGGCUCUUACGGGUACGCCAAUUCAAAACAAGGAAGCAGAUGCCUAUGCACUCAUUAAAUUUCUGCGUUGUACCCCUUUUGAUGAACUAGCUCACUGGAAGAAGUGGAUUGACAACAAAAGUGCUGGAGGUCAGCAGCGCUUAAAUGCAUUGAUGAAAUCGCUUAUGCUUCGUCGAACAAAAGUAAUGCUUCAAGAGCGUGGAGCACUCCAAUGUUUACCCGAAAAGCGCAUCGAGCUUAUUGAAGUCUGCUUGGACAAAGAAGAAAUGAAUGUAUAUCAGAAAAUAAUGGUUUAUUCGCGUACGCUUUUUGCGCAAUUCCUUCUUCAACGAGCGGAACGCAAUACUGAUUUUAUGUACAAAGAGGAUAGCAAUAAGCCAACUUUCAUGCAAACUAAAGAUCCCAACGGAGCGUAUUAUAAAGUACAUGAGAAAUUCACAAAAUUGCAUCGCGGUCAGAAAGACGUCAAAUCACAUGAAAUUCUGGUCUUGCUAUUAAGGCUAAGGCAAAUCUGCUGUCAUCCAGGUUUAAUUGAUUCGAUGCUUGACGAUGCUGAUAACGCUGAAAACAUGGAGAGCGACAGUGAUGAUGAGAAACUCAAAAUUGAUUUGCUUGAGCAAUUGAAUAAUUUAGCAAUAAAUGAUAGUACAGAAAAUCGGAGUAUAGAAGGAGAAGAAGGUCUCAAACCUGACGAAGAGAUCAUUGCCAAAGCUUCAGCAAAAGUCCUGCAACGUAACAAUCCAGUAUUCAAUAUUAAACGACCAUCCUCUAAAAUUAAAAAGGUUUUGAAUGUUUUGAAAACGAAAGUGCUUAAUGGAAAUGACAAGGCUAUUGUGGUUUCACAGUGGACCAGCGUUUUGAAUAUACUAAAAACACAUUUGGAAGAGCAGGGCUGUAUAACAUUAUCUCUUAAUGGAACCAUACCAGUUAAAAACCGUCAAGAAAUUGUAACACAGUUUAAUGAUGUUAACAAUAAUAAACGAAUUCUUCUACUUUCGUUAACUGCCGGUGGAGUAGGCUUAAAUUUGGUCGGUGCUAACCACUUGCUAAUGAUCGACUUGCAUUGGAACCCACAGUUGGAAGCACAAGCGCAGGACCGUAUUUAUCGUGUGGGUCAGAAGAAAAAUGUAGUAAUUUAUAAAUUUAUGUGCAAAGAUACCGUAGAAGAGCGAAUAAAAGCAUUGCAGGAUCAUAAAAUGUCAAUUGCUGACGGUGUGCUUACCGGCGCCCGUUCUGCUGAGGGUAGCAAACUAACAAUGGAAGAUCUCAGGGGUCUUUUUGGCAUGUAAAUAGUUACAUUUUAAAUUUUUUAUAAAUCUUGUAUUUAUUAUUUUAUUGUAAGUUUUUAAUGCAACCGUGAUAAUCUACAUUCGUACACAUUAAUCUCGAAUGAAAUUCGCGUUGCAAUUUAGUAACCGAAUAGUCGCAGAAUUUGCAUUACUCAUAUACUAUAUUUUAUGGUGUUAAGCCUUAAGAAAAACAAUUUUGUUACAGCAGUUUAAGCAUUUUCGAAGGUAUUAUUUUAUGUAAUUCUUAAUGUUGAAAUUAACUAAUCGGUCCGGUUUUUUUUUAUAAAUAAAUGCAUUCAUGACGAAUACAAACUAA